AUGCUACCGUCCAUAUCUCCCUCCUUUCAGAUAUGGCAUUUCAAAGGUGAAACACUGAAUGGUCAGCGUUUAAUAGAAUUUCGACUCGGCACGGAAGCCGAGUCAGAGCACGGCCUGUCUGUCGCUGAGGCAGAAUUGAUGGUCAGGGCAGAGACAGCGCCAAGAGCGCGUCGCUUGAGGUACACUUUGUGGGCAUUCACUGUUCAUGGGAAUAGUACUGUUGGGGAAAUGGCUGGUGCUACAGAAGUAGGAGGGUUAACGGGUGGUGGUCGUGGUUGGCAAAGACUGGAUGUAACAUCAGUAGCACGCCGAUGGGCCGCGGGAGGAGCGCGGGAGCCUCUGCGGUUGUUACUGGACUGCAGUGGAUGCGCCGGUCGCGUGCGCCUGCGACUGGGCGGCGCGGCGUCAGCGCGACCCUUGUUGCGACUGCGACUGGCACCUCACGCUCCUCGUCGUCGCCGAGCCCUAGAUUGCGAUGCUGCCGGCCAUGGGCGCUGUUGUCGACAGACGUACUACGUGAGCUUCCGCGCACUCGGAUGGGAUGACUGGAUCGUCGCACCCGAGGGCUAUUAUGCCAAUUAUUGCCGCGGGGCGUGUGAGCCAUUCCUCAAUUAUCACUCGCAGGUGGUAGAAGCAGCUCGCCUGGAGCGCGCCGCGUGUUGUGCGCCGGUGCGCUUCUCUGCGCUGUCGCUCAUCUACUUCGGCGCCGACUCGAACAUCAUCAAACGCGACCUGCCCGAAAUGGUUGUGGAAGAGUGCGACUGCCCAUAG